CAAAUACAUGCACACGCUGCGCUCUUUGUAGCGAGGAAACGUUUAAAAGUGUUUUGCACGACACUGGCACCGACAGUCAGCAUUCACAUUCAAAUAGAGAAGACGCGUAAAGCAGAGACGGAUUUAGGAAUCAGUAUCAUAAGGUACCGGAAGAAUCGAGAAUAGGGUGCAUAAUUGAAAGGAAGCCCAAUUGACAGUAAGAGCAAGCAUCGCCUUCUAUGCCAGUGUGUGUAAAGGCAGCUGUGAAAUACACCAGAGACAGACAUACGAAAGAGGGAUAAAGAAAAACACAUACAAAGAUAACGGGUCGACUCGAAACUUCUAUUUAACAUUGGCAGACUAAGCGAAACGUCUCAUUUUCAUUUGAGCAUUUAGGCAGAGCACGUAAACAACAACUACCAAAUUGAUUCCAUUGAUUUUACUAACUGAAAGUGAUAAAUUUGUUCUGUGAUUUUGUGUAAAGACAUCAACAACAACAGCAGCAAUCCGAAGAACAAAAAUGGUGAAAUUAAUAGCGAGUAUAUGUUUGCUGGUCGUUCUGGCUGUUGCCAACCAGGCCCAGGCAGAAAACUUUAACUGCAACAUCAAAUCGAAUGCGGUUUUCAAGGGAUGGCCGGACAUGAGGGAGCCCUGCAUUAGGAGCAUGCGGGACCAGAUCCAGAAGGAGAUUUCAGCCUCGACCCAGUACAUGGCCAUGGCUGCCUACUUCUCCAGCGACACCGUCAAUCGUCCCGGCUUCGCCGAACACUUCUUCAAGGCAGCCAAGGAGGAGCGCGAACAUGGCUCCAAGCUGGUCGAGUACCUCUCCAUGCGUGGCCAGUUGACCGAAACCGUCAAGGACCUGAUCAAAGUACCGUCUGUUAAGGUGACCAACUGGACUGGUCUGAGCGCUUUGGAGGAUGCCUUCAAGCUAGAAACGGAAGUGACAAAGUCCAUUCGCGAUCUGAUCAAGACGUGCGAGGGCAGCUCGAAGAAGGGCGAUGACAACGAUUACCAUCUGGUUGACUAUCUGACUGGUGUCUAUCUGGAGGAGCAAUUGACUGGCCAACGCGAGCUGGCCGGCCAGAUUACCACAUUGGAGAAGAUGAUGUCCUCGCACGGCGAGCUGGGCGAGUUCCUGUUCGACAAGAAUAUGUAAUGUGCCAAGCCCAUCCAACCUGGAAACAACGUCUACUCCAACUCAUUGUCUAGCUAAAGAGCCAUCAAAUAAUAGUUUUACUGUGCAUCAUUAUUUAAAAUUACCUGUUACUAGCCGAAGUCGAAAUCAUCGCAUCAAGUAUUUUGUUAUCUACACAUUUUUGCCCAAUUUAGUCCAUAAUUAAAUCAUACUGAAAAGUUAAAGACUUUCUUUUGUUUUGCUUCAAUAAAUAUUCGGUUUCAUUCCUAUGCACGGUUAAA